AUGGCUGCGGAGGCGGUCGCCAGCGGUGCCGAUGCCACGGCGUUGGAGCGAGGGCCGUUUGUGUUGCGGUCGCUGCUGGAGAAUGUCCCGCUUUCGGCCGAUGGUACGGAGGAGGACAUUCGGAUCAAUUGCGUCGACUACUAUGGGCCGGCGAGGCCUGGCGUACAGCAGAUCGUUCUGCUCCCGCCGGUCGGAAAGGCCUGCGUGCUCUGCAACUGGACGGUCACAUUUUACUCGCUACCCGAACUCACCCCGAUUUUUCGCGACGUCAAGAACUGCAACUGGAUCGGCGGCGUCGACCUCAGCGAGGAGCUUGCAACGGGUCCGUCUCCGCGCGUGACCGUGUUGCUCUCCCUGAACCGCCGGCUGCAGGUCGUCCGCAUCGGCGAGGAUCCACGGGCCGUAAAGAACAUAGACUUUGGCGCAAGUAUACUCUCUGUCCGCCGUGAUGCUAUUGCCUGUGUGGCCGACGCCCGGAACUAUGCAUUGGUCCACGUGGAGCAGCAGCUCAAAAUCCCGUUGAUGAGCAUAUCCUCGUUGGACCAGCAGUCACCCGAAGCAGCGGCUGGCCAAGUCCAAAGCCUGAAGGCCAGCAGUGGCGACUCCGGCUUGUCUCGGAGCUCAUCGAGUGCACAGGCGCACACGCGGUCAGCAUCGACCGCGACACAACAGAGCGGGCACAGCCGGAGCACAUCCCUAGGCAGCUUCAUGACCGGAAGCAACUCUCGCUCAUCGAGCCAACCACCACCGCCGCCGCCUCCCAAAGAAAAUACCGAAGAAGGCACUGCUGGGCAGGACUCGACAUCUCCAUCAAAGCCAUCAUCUGUCGUUUCACGGAGCUCUGCAGCGAGUGGCGAUGAGGUGGCCGCACAGCCAUCCCUGACACCAGCCGUAAUCUUACCACCACCGCCUCCACCCAAGCCGAUCGCACCAGUGCUGAAGCCUCUUGUCGUGUCCCCAACUCCAGAUGAAUUUCUUAUCGUGACUGGCACGGGACCGUCGGAUGCCGGCAUCGGUAUGUUUGUCAAUCUCGACGGUGACCCCACGCGCCCUACCUUGGAGUUUGAGAGAUAUCCUACCGAGAUUGUGGUGGAUGGCGGCGUUUCUGAUCUCUCUUCAUCACGUCCGUCACCCGGUGGCGGUGGCCCGGGCGACGAAGAAGACGAUGGCUACAUUCUUGCCUCAAUAUCUAAAGGCUCGGACGAUGACCUCCGCUAUGGCCUUGAAGUCCAACGCUGGGACAGUAAUGUGGGUGAGGGUGAGGUUGGCAAGUUCUGGCUCGAGACACCCGGGAAGCAGAGUGGCACACCGGUGGGUGUGCACAAGCUUGUGGGAAGCCAAGAGUCGGUUGUCUGUGAAGUUGUUGACCGGCUGGCUCAGAAGCGGUUCUCUCUGCCGAAAAUAGCACCAGAGCAGAAGUCCGCUCCCACGAAGAAGUACAAGAAGAAGAAUCAAAAGAAAGAAACGCAGCCGAACGAUGACACAAGCGCCAGCGGCCCAGAGACCCACGAGGAGGAAGAUGCAAGCCGUAACCGAGCCGAAGUGGUCUUUGCUACGCGCCUUGCCAAGACGACUGGCCGCGUUGCCGUGUGGUCCGGCAAUCGCAUCUGGUGGGCUAUGCGGAACCCUGUGGUUCUGCAGCUCGAGGCUGGUUUAGAGGCAGCCUCCUCCGAAUCCAAGAUUGCGCCGGAGACAGCAGACGAGAGGCGUGAGCUUUUCACCGUCUUAAAGUCACUGCGGGGCCGUGAUGCCAAAACAGAGCUCGAGUUUGUCACCUUUAGCUAUAUUCGGCAGCGCGGCGGAGCUCUUUUGUUUAUGGGCCUCCCUCAUGCAACUGACCAGGAAGCAUUCUCGGACGCAGAACUCAAGGCUCUGGAGGAGGUUUUACUGGACAGUGCACUGGACCCUCGCGUUCUCCUGGCCCUGGUUCCUGAGCUCCGCGACGAGAUCAUCCAGAGUCGAAAGGGCAUCUGGAUUUUUGGUGGCGUCAAGGAUACAUUCGAAAAAUACUUGGCACGAGAGGCAGCAAACACGGACAAGGGCCAGGGCACUGUGGCGUCCCUCAACCCGAAACUGCUUCAAUUCCUGCGGCGGUUUUUGAUUGCCUGGCGGAAAAAGAAGGGGUUUGGCAGUGUUGCAGACGAGAGCGAUGUUUUCCGGACCGUGGACGCGGCUCUGCUUUCCGUGCUGCUCGAGCUCGACCAGCACACUCCCAAGGGCCUUGCUUAUGUCAAGCCCGACACUGUCCGUGGCGAUUUGAACGACGUAGUUGACAAGGGCGUGGACUGCUUUGACCGCGCCGUUGAGCUACUCGAGUCGCACCACCGGCUCUUUGUUCUCAGCCGCCUGUACCAGAGCCGCAAAAUGGCAGGCGAUGUCCUGGCCACGUGGAAGCGGAUCGUGGAGGGCGAGCGCGACGAUGGCGGUGAGCUGGUGGACGGCGAGAACCGCAUCCGUGACUAUCUGUCCAAGGUCUCAAACCAGGCCCUUGUGCAGGAGUAUGGCCUGUGGCUCGCCAACCGAAACCCCAAGCUGGGCGUGCAGAUCUUUGCCGAUGACAAGGCCAGAGCACCCAAGUUUGAGCCGACGCAAGUCGUGCCGCUCCUGCGCGAACAUGCACCAGGAGCGGUGAGGUACUACCUCGAGCACCUUGUGUUCUCCAAGGGCCACUCGGCAUAUGUCGACGAGCUGAUCUCCUACUAUCUGGAGGUCGUCACGGUUGCCUUGCGGUCCUCCAAGGCGGCCCGCGACACCAUGUUCGCGUCGUACGGCGCCUACCGCGCUCUCCAGCCGCCCAAGCCGACGUUCCACCAGUUCCUCGCAGACAACGCUGUACCGGGUGACGAGGAGUGGCAGAGUCGGCUGCGCCUACUGGAGCUGCUAGGCGGCCCGCAUCCGUACGAUGUGGCCGCCAUCCGCGCACGCCUGGCGGAUUCACUACCGGCAGACCAGCCGGCCGAGCGUCUGCUGGUGCCCGAGACCAUUAUCCUCAACGGCCGCGAGCACCGCCACGAAGACGCGCUGCGACUGCUCGUACAUGGCUUGGGCGACUAUGACACUGCCGUCAAAUAUUGUUUGCUGGGCGGGUCGAGCCUCUACGACAAGGUCCGCGAUGCCACCGUCGGCAGCGCCGCCAGCAACAAACUGCCACAGCGCCGCGAAAGCCUGCCGCCCACGGUCGAGACGCAGGCCAAGCUGUUCCGCACGCUGCUCGUCGAGUUUUUGGCCAUUGAAGACGUGAGUGACCGCAUCGAACAGACGGGUUCCCUUCUGGGGCGGUUUGCUGGCUGGUUCGACGUAUUGGACGUCCUUCAGCUGCUGCCAGACUCGUGGUCCAUUGAGGUCACGUCGGGGUUCCUGGUGCACUCGCUGCGAGAGCUCGUGCGCGACCGGAACCAGAGCACAGUGGCUCGCGCACUGAGUGGCGCAGAGAAUCUGCGGGUGCACGACGAGCUUAUCACAAAGGCAGAUGAAAUAGGGCCUCGGGUUGAGGCAGAGAACUGA